AUGCGUGCGCGUGCCACUUGGUUGGAGCUGCACGCGGCGGAGCGGCUCGGUGAGCAGUGCGCCUCCUACUUCAGCUCAGAGGAAAGAGGAAAGAGGAAAGAGGAAAGAGAGCACUGUCAAGAGCACUACUUCUUCAUCUCCCACGCCACGCACUGUCUCUGCCUGUUCGCCGCAGGACUGGAGCUUUUCGCAGGGAUUUCUAACCGGGCGUUCGCCUUUGGUGAGCGGUCGGUGUUCAACGUGAGCCUCUAUAUUCACCGAGUUGUGAACUGUGGCAGUCAGAAGAGCGCUUUGUCGAAGUCAGACGGCCGCGGCUGCGGACAGCCUCGGACACGUGCCUCUCCAUUGGGCCGAAACCAGGAGAAGUUCUGUUGUUACAUCAAGAUCAUCGGACUUUGA